GGCUUCGUUAGGUGACAAUAUGCAGUUACGCGGUAGCCAAAUACGCCGUAUUCUUAAACGCCAAGACGACUCUGUGUGAUUUCCAAAGAGUCAUAAUCCAAAAUUAUCCGUAUUAUAUCAAUGUCGCUUCCUAUAAAGCCCUCUUCAUUCGCCUUGCGUAUCAAUGAAAAUGCUAUCCGAGGUACUCAUGGAAUAGCGACAUAAUCCGUCCGAUAUUGGUCAUAGGAGUCAAUUCACGCUCAACGAAGGGAUCACUGACGUCACCGAGCCAUCUCAUAUUCCUCCAAAGACAACCACCACAAUACCUCAAAAUGGCAUCAGUCGCCCAAACUAAACCACCGGGUCCGAGUCCGCAUCCAUUCGCUCAGUCUACGAAAAUAUUGCUCUGGGCCGUGCUACCCACCCUCUUCAUCACCCUAUCCAUCUCCUCCCCCAUUACAGGCGCCCUCUCCCUCCUAAUCCUAGCACCCACAUUGUGGCUCAUCCAUCACAACAACACACGCCCCCCACCCCAAAAAACAGACCCCGAAACACUCCUCUGGACAUACGUACUCACCGGCACCGUGGGCGUCAUCGCCAUCAUAAUAAUCCAAUCCCUAAUCUCCUACACCCUCGCACUCGCCCUCUUCCAAGACACCACAUCCGCCUUUCUCAAGGAGAUGCAGAGGAGUGAAGAUGACGUCGCCAGCUUAAAGCCAGACACCCUAGCGCUUAGACGCGAAAUGGCAUCACAGUGGUCAUACUGGGUCUUCAUGUUCCUCUUCGCCUUCCUCGCCGCCGCGCUCCCAGAAGAACUACUAAAAUACACCGGUAUAAUAUACGCGCGUCGCCGGGGCCGAGUAAUCAGCGAACGCGAUUACAUAACCCUAGGCGCCGCUUCCGCGCUCGGUUUCAGCACAAUCGAAAAUAUCGGCUUCGUGUAUGCCGCCGCCGUACAACAAACCACGAAUUUCGGAAAACUCGCGUUGACGGUUAUCGAGCGCGUGGUUUUGGGGUCGCCUAUGCAUAUGAUGGGUGGUAUCCUCACCGCUUUCGAUGCCUCACGUCGGGAUUUCCGCGGGGAGGAUAUAAGUCUAGGGAGGAUGAUGCUAGUUCCCGUGUUUUUUCAUGGAAUUUGGGAUUUCUCGUUGUUUGGUGUUAGUGCAUUGGAUGGGAAUGUGGGAUGGGUGCAUCCGCAGGGGAAGUCUUUGGUGCUUUUACUUGGUAUUGCUGCGGCGAUACUUGGGACGUUGACUUAUGUUACUCAGAAGAGGUUUGAGAGUUGGAAAGCUCAGCGGGAAAAAUCGAAAUAGGAGGUCUACAAUGGUAUCGCACCAUUAUUGUAGGGUUUGCAUAUGUAUUUUAUUAUAUAGCCCAGCUCAAUUUUCGCUUAAUGAUACCCUCAUCUCAAUUAUCAUCUAUUUUUGAUGUAUUCCAAUUUCUCAUGCAAAUUUUCACAAAAGAGCAUGGGGAAGGCAAUGAUAUUUCGUAAGGUUUGAAGGUGGAAUGUUGUUUUCGGAUAAGACGCCGAAAUCUAC